CAAUGGGUGUCUUCGAAGUUAAGGCAGUGGCUGGAGACACCCAUCUUGGAGGUGAGGACUUUGAUAACAGGAUGGUUAACCAUUUUGUUGAGGAGUUCAAGAGGAAGCACGAGAAGGAUAUUAGUGGGAACCCGAGGGCUUUAAGGAGGUCGAGGACCGCAUGUGAAAGGGCAAAAAGGAGUCUCUCAUCCACUACACAUACUACUAUUGAGAUUGACUCAUUGUAUGAAGGUCUUGACUUCUAUACCACAAUCACUCGUGACACGUUUGAAGAGCUCAACAUGGACCUAUUCAUGAAGUGCAUGGAGCCAGUUCAUAAGUGUUUGAGGGAUGCUGAGAUGGACAAGAGCAGUAUUCAUGAUGUUGUUCUUGUUGGUGGGUCUACAAGGAUCCCCAAGGUGCAGUCAAUGUUGCAGGAUUUUUUUAAUGGAAAGGACCUCUGCAAGAGUAUCAACCCCGAUGAGGCUAUUGCUUAUGGUGCUGCUGUCCAGGCUGCUAUCUUAAGUCAUUGUGAGAAUCUUGAAGAUAUUUUGUUGUUGGAUGUCACUCCCCAUUCACUUGGUGUGGAAACUUCUACUGGUGACAUGGCUGUAUUCAUUCCAAGGAACACUUGUAUUCCGAAAAUACAGAGUGACGUUCACACAACCAUCGAAGACGACCAAGAUAAUGUCCUCAUCCAGGUGAAGGUAUGAAAAACGGUAGAAAGGGGGGGUUUGAAUAACGUUUUCAGUAUAAAACUUCCACCUUAAAGAUUUUGACAAAUCUUUCGAGAACUUAAGUGCUAAAGAUAAGA